GGUUCCUACUGCGGCUGGGCACCGGCUCCGCUCCCGCGUCGACCAGCGCUCCAGCUGCGCCCGGCCUCAGCUCCGGCCCGGCCCGGCCCGGCCCUCGUCUCCGAGCGAAGGCGCCGCUGCCGCCUGGGCCGCUCUCAGGGCCAUGAGGAGGCGGCGGCAGCCACUGCGGCCCGUGUCAAGGUGACCGGCCAGGACUGCGGCGGCGGCGGCAAGAACGGGCGGACUUCUCCAGACAGGUUAUGUCACCGACAGAGGCUGCCCUGACGCUCCCUGCAGCCUGGAGACUAUGUACAAGAGGAAUGGUCUGAUGGCUAGCGUGUUGGUCACCUCUGCCACUCCACAGGGCAGCAGCAGCUCCGACUCUCUGGAGGGCCAGAGCUGCGACUAUGCCAGCAAGAGCUACGAUGCCGUUGUCUUCGAUGUCUUGAAAGUGACUCCCGAGGAGUUUGCUAGCCAGAUCACGUUAAUGGACAUUCCUGUGUUUAAAGCCAUCCAGCCCGAGGAACUAGCCAGCUGUGGAUGGAGUAAGAAGGAGAAACACAGUCUCGCCCCAAAUGUCGUGGCCUUUACCCGGAGGUUCAACCAGGUCAGUUUUUGGGUUGUACGAGAAAUUCUAACAGCACAGACUUUAAAAAUAAGGGCAGAAAUCCUGAGCCAUUUUGUGAAAAUUGCCAAGAAACUUCUAGAACUCAACAACCUUCAUUCUCUCAUGUCUGUGGUGUCAGCAUUACAAAGUGCACCCAUCUUCAGGCUGACAAAAACUUGGGCUCUUUUGAAUCGAAAAGACAAGACCACCUUUGAGAAAUUGGACUACCUGAUGUCUAAAGAAGAUAAUUACAAGCGGACUCGGGAGUAUAUCCGAAGCCUGAAGAUGGUUCCCAGUAUCCCCUAUCUAGGGAUCUAUCUUCUGGAUUUAAUCUACAUCGAUUCUGCAUAUCCUGCCUCAGGCAGCAUCAUGGAAAAUGAACAAAGAUCCAAUCAGAUGAACAAUAUUCUCCGAAUAAUCGCUGAUUUACAAGUUUCCUGCAGCUAUGAUCACCUCACAACCCUGCCCCAUGUGCAAAAGUACCUAAAGUCUGUACGCUACAUUGAAGAGCUCCAGAAAUUUGUGGAGGACGACAACUACAAACUGUCGCUCAGAAUUGAACCAGGAAGCAGCUCUCCAAGACUAGUCUCCUCCAAAGAAGAUCUUGCAGGCCCCUCCACUGGCUUCAGUUCUGCGAGGUUCAGCCGGCGACCCACCUGUCCUGAUGCAUCUGUUGCUGGCAGCCUCCCUACACCCCCUGUCCCGAGACACAGGAAGAGCCACAGCUUGGGCAACAAUAUGAUGUGUCAGUUGAGUGUAGUUGAGAGUAAAAGUGCGACAUUCCCAUCGGAGAAAGCGAGGCACCUGCUGGACGACAGUGUCCUAGAGUCUCGCAGCCCCCGCAGGGGCCUCGCCCUCACCUCCUCCUCUGCCGUCACCAAUGGACUCUCCCUAGGCAGUAGUGAGAGCUCAGAGUUUAGUGAAGACAUGUCUUCAGGGCUGGAAAGGGGACGGCUCUAUGCCACGCUGGGGCCCAACUGGCGGGUUCCAGUUCGGAAUUCUCCCAGAACCCGGAGCUGCGUCUACAGCCCCACUGGCCCGUGCAUCUGUACACUGGGGAGCUCAGCAGCAGUGCCCACCAUGGAGGGGCCUCUGAGAAGGAAAACUCUGCUCAAGGAAGGACGGAAGCCCGCGUAUAAAUCCACACCUGGCAAAAAGGUCUCCAUCGUGGGCUGGAUGGUGCAGCUGCCUGACGACCCCGAGCACCCGGAUAUCUUCCAGCUGAAUAACCCUGACAAAGGCAAUGUUUACAAGUUCCAGACUGGCUCUCGGUUCCAUGCAAUCCUGUGGCACAAGCAUUUGGAUGACGCAUGUAAAAGCAACAGGCCUCAGGUAAAGUCCCCAAAAUCCUACUUGUCACAUGAAAUACCCUCUCCCACCUUUGCGACAGGGCCCCUGCCUUCUGUCAGAGCCUGUCAGCUAAGUUCCCAGAUACCCUCUUUUGAUCAGCCUUUUCCCAUGAUUGAGGGCACCUGCUGCGUGGCUGAGAGCAGAGCCCGGCUUCAGACCGGAACUUUGCGUCUGGUCCCUGUGUUAGGUGGCAGGUGCCAUAUUGCCCCACAGUUCAGGCCACAGCAUUUAUUUAACCAUCCCCCCCAAAGUUGGUUCAUGGGAAUAUGCCAAACUGACUAACAGGCCUCCUGCCCCCCACCACCCAUAGGAAUAAUAACAGUUAAUGUAUCGAGAGCCAACCAUGGCUGCUGACGAAUGGGACCCUGGUCUGCUGGGCCCGGCUUGUGGCUCAGCUCCCUC